UUUUUCAGUAACGAUGUUUUUGACCAUUUCAACCCUCUUGUUCUGCUUUGGAUGUGCUCUUGUGCUUGCUAUCACUCCAUCUAGUAUCAUCUGUAAUCCACAGCUAGACAACUAGACAGCUGAUGGUAACGUUGGGCAACAUCUGUCCAUAACUGCUCUUCCGCAAACAUAGCGUUGCCUGGGUGUAUUCACCGCUCAAGAACGGUGAAUGUUACGGGUGUUGGGCUGAAGGUUAGAUACGUGCAUAUAUCAACGCGCACCAUGGAUGAUAGUCAAGAGAUUCGUGCAUCUUACUUUGUCCCAUGUCUACUGUGAUGACGUGGUUCAAGGGCAUGCUAUGAAUGAGGAGGCAUUUACCAUGACUGAAACGGUGUGGGUGUUCCUAAUCAAUCACAGUAGGACCCAGAGGCUGAGCGUCCUUGUCUCAAGAACAUCACGCUCGAAGUGGAUGAUCAGGAUGAUCAGAGAACACAUGCUUAUGUCUCGGUUUCAAGCAUGUGAGCCCAGGCCUCGAUGCGGGAAGCGUGGUGAGGGCGCUCUGAUUCGUCCGCGCGCACCCACCACCCUUGGUGUACGUGACCAGACCAGGCUCAUGACGAGGCCAGGAACAAGGACCCUUUAUCCUCGCCUUGCCAUCAAAAUAUUAUCUGUAACCCUUCUUCUUCGUGUUUUCCUUCAUCUUCUCUCCUACAAUUCGUUCCCCGCAAUCUUCUCCCCGCGUUCGUUCCAACCCCGAUCAACGCUUAGACGUCAUCAACGUGGCCGUGCGCCGGACGUCUCCAAGCCAGCCUCUUUGCACCGUGUCAGCUCGUAGGCUCAAACCCUAAUCUUAUCUCCAAGUGCCUUUGCGAUCAUCCGCGGGCGAGAAGGAUUACAAGCUUUGGUCUUGUGCUGUGCUAGAGUUCUAAAGCCCACCCUCGUUCUACCUUCCGGUCCAGCCACUUAGACACCAACUUCUGGAUCAAGAGUGAGACCGGGACGGGCCUUGGGAUAUCCACUUCAGCGCGUCCGUUUCCAGCACUGGUCAACGCAUGACACGAGCGUGAGCAGUGAGCCCAGGAGACACAUUUCGCAAGAG